UUGCAGCACAAAUAUAGGAAAGAAUACUAGGUAGAAAGGCCUGAAGGCCGAUCAGACACAAUCGGGACGAAACAGAGACCCCUCGAAGCACUGGCGCCCUUCUUCUUAGCCCCGCUGCACCAUCGCACCGCUACUAGAUACAUACAUUGCCGCACUUGAACUGCAUCUUUUAAGAGGAAUAGAGCCACAAAAAAGACCAGAAGUCCCCAAUUCUGUGACAUCGUAUCCAUCCCACUUUCUUUGUACACUAGAUCGGCGUAGAAGUAUUUCUAGGUACUUACCUUCAAAGUACCUUUUUAUUUGACUUUUUUGUCAUUCGUCAUCCGUAAAAAUGGCUUCUCAUGACGACAACGAUCAUUUGCCUGAGGAGACUCAAGGCUACAAGCUCUCGCAGCCCAAGCAGAGCUUGGCUGAAUACCAGAAUAUGGAUGCGAACGACGAGUCUCUUCAGCGAUACAAGCAAUCCCUCGGUCUUGGCGGCGGAAAGGACCUCUCUGAUCCCAACGACCCCCGGGUCUGUAUUAUCAAUGCACUAACUAUGGAAUCUCCCGGCCGUUCCCCCGUCACCAUCGACCUAUCCGCGGCUGGAAGCGAGCAGACCCUCAAGGACCGCCCCUUCAAGAUCAAGGAAGGUUGCAAGUUCACCAUGGUCGCCAGCUUCAAGGUUCAGCACGAGAUCCUUAGCGGCCUUCAGUACGUCCAGGUCGUCAAGCGCAAGGGAAUCAAGGUCAGCAAGGACUCUGAGAUGUUGGGAAGCUAUGCUCCGAACACAGACAAGCAGCCGCUGUACAGCAAGCGCUUCCAAGAGGAGGAGGCUCCUUCUGGCAUGCUUGCCCGUGGCCACUACAACGCCACAUCUAGCUUUGUCGAUGAUGACAAGAAGACUCAUUUGCAAUUCGAGUGGAGCUUCGACAUUGCCAAGGACUGGUAGACGGCUCGAUAAGUCGAGCUCUGCGGAGAAAAGUUUCAUUCCAGUUUUACGGUAGAAGUCGAGGGUAUACGGAUGGAUAUCCCUCCCCCAAAAAUCGGCAGGAGAAUUUGGUUUCCGCCCGUUGAUUCAGGCGACCAGGGGAUAGGAUGCUGCGUUGUGCCUAUAGGGGGUCGAUUCUUGAGUGUAGAUAGUUCAUUGCCGGAAGUUGACCAGCUCUCUGCUGAUCACCUUCUCUGCACUUUC